UCGCGGCAGAACAGAAGAAGCAACACGCGCGUUCUAGGAGCGCCAGCCACCUCUACACUGCACUACCUUGUCUUCGCUUGGCUGCUCGAGCUCGCAGGCAAUGGAUAGUCCGUCCGCGGCUGCCUCGCCGUCCUACGCCAAGCUGGCGGACACGUACAAGAAAGCGGCGGCCACGGCGGCCUCGGUGACCGCGUACGCCGUGCUGGCGCGCGGCAUGGCGCAUGAGCUCCUGCCGCACGACCUGCGCGCGGUGCUCAGCUGGGGCGCCUCGCUCGUCCGCGCGCGACUCGAGCUCCCGCCCGCCGAGCGCCGCACCGUCGUCGUCAGGCGCCUCGAAGGAGGCGGCGUGAAUUGCGUCAAGUUCAACACCUUCUACGACGACGUGCAGGCGUACCUCGCCACCAGGAUCGACCCGUGGUCCAUGAGCCGGAUCUGCCUCAGCGGCGGCGGCUCAAAGAAGGUCAUGUCCAUGGACGGCGGCGACUCCAUGACGGACGUCUUCGAGGGAGUCCACUUCAGGUGGAAGUCCGUCGCGCAGGAUGGCCGGCACACGCCAGACUCGCUGGAGCUCAGCUUCGACACGGAGCACACGGACAUGGCGCUCGGCAGGUACGUUCCCUCGAUCACGGCCGUGUUGGAGCAGGCGCGGUGCCGGGACUGCCCGCUCAAGAUCUUCAUGAACGAGGGCAUUUCGUGGCGCGGGAUCAGCCACCAGCACCCGGCCACGUUCGACACGCUCGCCAUGGACCCGCCCACCAAGCAGGCCGUCGUCGCCGACCUGGACAGGUUCCUGAAGCGGAAGGAGUACUACCGGAGGAUCGGCAAGGCGUGGAAGCGCGGUUACCUUCUCUACGGCCCGCCCGGCACCGGCAAGUCCAGCUUGGUCGCCGCCGUGGCCAACCACCUCCGCUUCAACCUCUACGAUCUCGACCUCUCCCAGGUGUGCUACAACGGGGCGCUGCAGCAGCUGCUCAUCGGCAUGCCCAACAAGUCCAUCCUCGUCAUCGAGGACAUCGACUGCUGCUUCAGCGCCACAUCCAGGGACCGCAAGACGCCGGCACGUACACAGGUUGGCAAUAAGCCGGCACGCACCCAGGACGGUGAUAAGCCGGCAGGUACCCAGGACGGCGAUGAUGCUGACGAUGACCCCGACGGCUGCUCAAGCAGGCAGCAGAACAUAACGCUGUCGGGCUUGCUCAACUUCAUCGACGGGCUAUGGUCGACGAGCGGCGAGGAGCGCAUCAUCAUCUUCACCACCAACUACAAGGACCGCCUCGACCCGGCGCUGCUGCGGCCGGGGCGCAUGGACAUGCACAUCUACAUGGGCUUCUGCUGCUGGGAAGCAUUCAAGACGCUGGCCCGGAACUACUUCCUCGUCGACGACCACGCGCUGUUCCAGGAGAUACAGGGACUGCUUGCCGAAGUGGAGGUGACGCCGGCCGAGGUGUCGGAGAUGCUGCUGCGGGACGAGGACGUCGACGUCGCGCUCAAGGGGCUCGUGGAGUUUCUCACGGAGAAGAAGCGGGGAGAGAAAGAUGCAGGGGAGGCAUGAAGGACAGUACCGCAAUCACCUAGACCAAGUCCGAUCCAGCUAGUGAACUGAAGAAAGACCUUGCAUUCCGUUGUGCAAAGUAUGUUGCAGCGGGGACGUAUCUUGUCCUAAGAAUUUGUAUCUUCUUUUUAACUGUUGAUGACUGCUGUUCUCUAGUUAUUAUUAGCAAGCUGCAUUUCUCUAGUUAUUAUUAGCAAGCUGCAUCUCUCCCUCGAUCCAUAUGUUUGGGAGCUCAUCUGGACUAUGCCUUGUUAAUGGAAUGAUGCCAUAUAAUUCCUUGCAAACUGCUUGAA